AUGCUUUUCUUUUUUUUUCUUUCAUUUUCUGAUUACCUGACCAUCUUUGUUAUUUUUCAUUUUUCCUUCUUUCUGCUUUUAAACUUUAUAUUUUUCUUCUGUAUUUCGUUUCUUUUUACUUCAAUUUCUUUCUUCAUUCAUUGCUUUCUGACAUUUUUCUUUCACUUUUUCUUUCCUCUUUCUUCCUAUUUAAUUUUGCAUUCUCUUUCUACUUCUCUUUUUCUCAUCUCUUUCUCUACUGCUCGCCUUCUCUUCCUCCCUAACUCUCUUUCUCAUUCUUUCCUUUUCCCAUUUAUCUCUCUUACUCUUUCAUUUCUUUCUUUUUCUCUCACCUUCUGCUACCUGACCUCCCCAAUCAUUUUCAUUCUUUUUCCAUUUUUUUUUUCAUUUUUUUUUAAACUCUCUUACCUUUCCUCUUCUUCUAAUUUUUCUUUCAUUAUGUCUAUAUUUACUCAAUUUUUUCAUUCAUUUCUUGUUUGCCAUUUUCAUUUUUUUUAUUUCUUAUUUUCUGCUGUUGUCCCUUUCUUUUUAUAUUUUUCAUUUUCUUUUUUAUCUCUUUUUCCACCCACCCCCAUUCUUUUCUUUUUUGCAUUUAUCUAUCUCAAGUUGGCCAAGUGA